AUGUCUGACCAGGUGCAGCCCCCGUUGCCUCAGGGCGCAGGUUAUGGCGUCGUUGUUGGAUUUGGCGUCGCUUUUGCGCUAGGUAUGAUAUGGGUUACUAGAGCCUUGAAGAAGUCUUUCAAUGAGGAUAAUAAGACUACCGAAACAUUCAUGGUGGCCGACCGUGCCGUCGGUACUGGCUUGACAGCAUCCGCUGUUAUCUCUUCUUGGCUCUAUAGCACGGCUCUUCUCGGGGCGUCACUUCUAACUUAUAAGUAUGGGUUGGCUUUGGGGGUAUGGUGGGGGGCGUCAGCGAGCACCAUGGUGUGUUUCUUGUCGCUCAUCUCCAUCGAAGCCAAACGUCGAGCACCCAAUGCGCAUACACUGUUGGAAUUGAUUAGGGUUCGAUACGGCACGAUCGCUCAUUUGAUAUGGAUUGUUUUUUGCCUCCUUACUAACAUCUUGAACUUCUCGAGCAUGUUGCUUGGAGCGAGUGCUGCUGUUACUUCUCUAACUGGAAUGGAUGUCAUUGCUAGCACUUACCUCCUCCCGGUCGGCGUGGGGGUUUAUACGUACUUCGGCGGACUUCGAGCAACUUUCCUUACCGAUUACCUACACACUUUUAUUAUCAUGAUCAUUCUAGUAUGGAUCACGAUUAAAAUCAUUGUGGUAAAGGAAAUUGGAUCCAUCGGGGCUCUGUAUGAUGCCGUAAUUGCGGCAGACAAGGAAAAUCCAGUCCAGGGCAAUUAUGGGGGUUCGCAUUUGACCAUGCGAAGUGAGCAAUGCCUCUAUUUCGGCAUCCUCCAUGUCAUAUCGAACUUCGGGGCCGUAAUUAUGGAUACUGGUUUCUGGCAAAAGGGAUUCUCGGCCAACGUUGCUGCUGCUGUGCCCGGUUAUGUCCUAGGAGGUGUUGCGUCUUUCUCGGUACCUUGGGCGAUUGGCACUUUUGGUGGUCUUGCUGCUGUCGCUUUAGAGUCGACGUCGAUUUUCCCUACGUAUCCUCGAGCUAUGACCGCUGAAGAGGUCUCUUCGGGGUUGGUAUUGCCCUAUGUCGUGCAAGCUGUCGCUGGUAAAGCGGGAGCUGGAGCCUUACUGCUCACAAUCUUCAUGGCCUGUACCUCGAUCGCAUCGGCACAGAUGAUCGCCAUUAGUUCUAUCAUCUCGUUCGACAUCUACGGGACGUAUAUUAACAAGAAAGCCACCGAUAAGCAAUUAAUUACCUGGUCCCAUAUUGGCGUCGUAGCCACUUCACUUGUUAUUCCGACACUAUCGACUGCCUUCAAUAAAGGGGGUGUCGAUAUGACUUGGCUGCUUUACGCCAUUGGAAACGUCAUCAAUCCGGGCUGUAUCCCGACCGUGUUUGCUCUUUUAUGGAAAGGACAGACUAAAGCCGCUGCGAUCAUCUCUCCUCUUGUAGGUGUCUGCUGCGCUAUAUCGGUUUGGCUCGGGACUGCAUAUGCGUACUUUGGGGAAAUUACAGUGGCGUCGACGGGCAGUACGAUGCCGUGUCUAUUCGGUUGUGUUACCGCAUUUUUCGUUCCGCUUCCCACCACAUUAUUUAUCUCAUUUGUGCGACCGAGCUCCUUCGACUGGUCCGUGUUUAGAACGCAAAUUCGAAAAGUCCGUCAAUCAGAGCAGAAUGUAGCUGAAGCGGAUCAAGAAUCGGAGGAAUGGUUUAGUCCUGAAAUGAAGCAGUACAUGAGGAAAAUGAGCCGUUGGGCCUCUUUCUGGGCUGUGUUCACUCUUAUUGGACAUGUAUUCCUCUGGCCGCUUGCGAUGUAUGGUGCGAAGAUUGUCUUCUCGAAGAGUUUAUUUACGGCAUGGAUUGUCGUCUCUCUCGUCUACCUCUGGUUUACCUUAAUCGUCGGAAACUUCUACCCUCUUUACGAUGGUGGCGCUCGAAAAAUCUGGGUGGUGCUUCGCGGGAGAGUCUCUCCUAAAGCGUCGGGUGAAGUGGAUACGCCACAGGAUUCAUCGGAUGCUUCUUCCGAUAGACCACCCAAACAGGCUAACGUUGAGACAAAGGUGCUCACCGACUCGUAA